UGAACUUUCACAUCAGGAAGUUUACAUUCACGUGUUCGCUGUGAGUGAGUGUGUUUGUGUGUGUUUAACACAUCUAAUGACACAUCAAACAUCAUGUCGUCAAGCAAAGGGAAAAGCAAAGGGAAAAAGAGACAGAGUGAAGGAGAAGGAGACAAAUCCGCGUUAGUGUGUGAAGAACCGGAUUCAAGCGGCGGAUUAACGGUCACAGACUUCACAGAGAGAGCUGAAGAUAAAGUCCCUCAGCGCUGGCGUUCAUAUUUGGCUCAGAUGAGUGUGAACACCAUGAAGAAUCUGAAUAUCUGCAUCGGACGUCCCGUCCUCAUCUCCAGCAGCGCAGGACAGCAGCAGGUGUGUGUGGCGUGGCCGACGUCUCAGUUUCCGGGCAGGCGUGUGGGUCUGCAGUCCAGCAUUCAGUCGGGUCUGAGAGUGACGUCUGGAUCUCCAGUCACACUGCAGCCCAUCACCGGAGCCGUUCUACAGGCCGAACACGUGCAGCUGACACUCAGGGCUGAAGACAAAGUGCUGAAUACAGAAGAAUUCAAGAAUUAUCUGCUGCGGAUUUUGGACGGUCGGGUUCUGCUGCCGGGCGGCAGUGUGUCUGUCUCGUAUUUUGGGCGUCAGUGUGUUUUGGGUGUGGAUUCGGUGACUGGUGUCGACGGAGAGACUCUGAGACGGUUAGACAGCGUCACUGUUGAUCUCACCUCACAGCUGGAACAGCUGUCCAUCCACCAGAGCACACCUAACCGAUCACAUGACCCUUCACCUCUGACCCCUGACCGAUCACAUGACCCUUCACCUCUGACCCCUGACCAAUCACAUGACCCCUCACCUCUGACCCCUCAGUCCACACCCUGUAAAGUGAGUGACUCGGUUCUCAGCCCGUCUGAAGCAUCGUUCACAGACAGUCCUCUGUCGGAUCAGUGCGGACGCUCGUCCACAGACACCUUCUACGCCGUCUGCAGCUCCACCACACUGAGCGUGUGUGACGCCAGUGCGCGGGAUGAGGGUGAGGAGGGGGACGAGGGGUCAAAGGUCACGUACAGUAUGAUCGGUGGCCUCAGCAGUCAGCUGCAGGUCAUCAGGGAGACCAUCGAACUGCCGCUCAAACACCCGGAGCUCUUUAGGAACUACGGAAUCCCGCCUCCUCGAGGGGUGCUGCUGUACGGGCCGCCCGGCACGGGGAAGACCAUGAUUGGACGAGCCGUAGCCAAUGAAGUGGGAGCUCACAUGAGCGUCAUCAACGGCCCCGAGAUCAUGAGCAAGUUUUAUGGAGAAACUGAAGGCAGAUUGAGGCAGAUUUUCACACAGGCCUCACAGAGGCAGCCUGCCAUCAUCUUCAUCGAUGAGUUGGACGCUCUGUGUCCCAAAAGAGAAGGAGCUCAGAAUGAGGUGGAGAAGCGGGUCGUGGCCACACUGCUGACGCUCAUGGACGGGAUCGGAUCUGAGGGUCACAGCGGGCAGCUGCUGGUUUUGGGAGCCACCAAUCGUCCUCAUGCGCUGGAUCCGGCGCUGCGACGGCCCGGACGCUUCGAUAAGGAGCUGGAGAUCGGCGUUCCUGGCGCAGAUGGGCGGAUGGAUAUCCUGCAGAAGCAGCUGCGCUCCAUGCCGUGUGACGUCACCGACGAUGAGCUGCGGGAACUAGCCGACGCUGCGCACGGAUACGUGGGAGCCGACCUCGCCGCCGUCUGCAAGGAAGCUGGUCUUCAUGCACUGAGGAGGGUUUUAGGAUCCACACCUGUUCUUUCUGACGUCCAGGUGAUGAACAAUGUAAAGGUCACGACCUCUGACCUGAGGCUGGCCAUGACAGAGGUCAAACCCAGCGCGAUGAGAGAGGUGGCCAUCGACGUGCCAAAGGUUCGGUGGAGUGACAUCGGUGGGAUGGAGGAGGUGAAGCUGGCGCUGAAGCAGGCGGUCGAAUGGCCCCUGCGGCACCCCGAGGCCUUCAGCAGGCUGGGUAUAACGCCACCUAAAGGCGUCCUGCUGUACGGACCGCCGGGAUGCUCCAAAACAAUGAUCGCUAAAGCGCUAGCCAACGAGAGCCAGCUCAACUUCCUGUCCAUCAAGGGUCCAGAGUUACUGAGUAAAUACGUGGGUGAAUCAGAGCGAGCGCUUCGAGAGGUUUUCCGAAAGGCCAGAACAGUUGCUCCGUCUAUCGUUUUCUUUGACGAGAUCGACGCUUUAGCAGCGGCACGUGGAAGCUCUGGUCACGCGGGCGGUGUCGCUGAUCGAGUGUUGGCUCAGCUGCUGACGGAGAUGGACGGAAUCGAACAGCUAAAAGACGUCACGGUUCUCGCCGCCACCAACCGACCUGAUAUGAUUGACAAGGCUCUGAUGCGUCCUGGUCGUCUGGACCGCAUUAUAUUCGUCCCGCUGCCCGACGCAGACACUCGCCGGCAGAUUUUCACGCUGCAGUUCCGGAACAUGCCCGUCCAUCCCAGCGUGCACCUGGAGGACCUGGUGACCCGGACGGAGCGCUACUCGGGGGCAGAGAUCACAGCCGUGUGCAGAGAAGCGGCUCUACAGGCGCUGCAGGAGAACAUCACGGCUCAACACGUGAGCGCCGGACACUUCGACAGCGCUCUGAACACCGUCAGACCCCGAAUCCCACAGACGCUCCUGCAGACGUACGCCAACUACCAGCGGGAACACGGCGGAUCACGCGUCUGACAAAACCUCCAGCAACCGGAAAACCUCAUGUUACUGUACAAAUAAACAAUAAACACACGUUUGUACUAAAUAUUGUU